AUGGGAGUUUCCGGUCUUUGGAACGUUCUUGAGCCCGUCAAAAGACCCGUGAAGCUUGAAACUCUCAACGACAAGAGACUAGCAGUGGAUGCAUCUAUUUGGAUAUACCAAUUUUUAAAAGCUGUACGUGAUAAAGAGGGAAAUCAGUUGAAAAGUAGCCACAUUGUUGGUUUUUUUCGAAGAAUAUGUAAAUUACUUUUCUUUGGUAUCAAGCCUGUCUUCGUUUUUGAUGGAGGCGCACCAGUCCUAAAGCGUCAAACUUUAAGGAAGCGUCAAGCAAGACGAGUCGACAGACAAGAAAAUGCUUCUUUAACAGCUAAUAAGAUUUACGCUUUACAAAUGAGGCAUCAGGCCAUUCGUCUCGAAGAGGAAAAUCGUAAGGCAGAGGUUGAAGUGGAUGCUUCUUCACAGGCAAAAAGUCAAAAGCUCUCUUCAAUGUCCCUAGAUAAUAACGACAUAAAGCCUGUCUUAAAUAAUCAGAAAAAGUAUCUCAAACCAGAUCCUUACCAAUUGCCAGAGAUGGAUGUUUCUUUCGAUAAUUUAAACAGUGCUAAGGAUCCUCGAGUCAUGUCACAAGAGGAAUUAACUAACUAUGCACUGAAUUUUGGCAAUGUAGAAGAUGUAAACUUGUUUGAUUUCUCAAGUAUUGAUUUUGACUCAAGCAUGUUCCGGUCUUUGCCUGACACGGAUAAAUAUAGCAUUCUUAGUGCGGCGCGGCUUCGGUCACGUUUCAGAAUGGGUCUCAGUACUGAUCAGUUGGCAGAAAUGUUCCCAAAUCGAAUGGACUUUUCUCGCUUUCAAAUUGAGCGAUUAAAAGAAAGAAACGAUUUAACCCAACGACUCAUGGACUUUACUGGCAUGAACCAAUUCGGUCCGGGUCGAGUUGCAGGAGAAAAGAAUAGAGAGUACAUUUUGGUUAAAAAUGAAGGCGCCGAGGGUGGUUGGGCCUUGGGUGUUAUUUCUGGUACGGCAAAGAGUGAUCCUAUUGUCAUCGACGAAGAUGCAGUUAAGUUAAGCAGUACCGUAGGAGAAGAUGAAGACGAUGAAGAGUUUGAUGAUGUGCCUCUUCCGGUAACUCAGAAACAGAUGAAUCCUAGAGAACUGGUGGCAGCAAAAUUGAGAGAGGUAAAAGAACACUCAUUUGAAGAGGAGGAUGACUCUGAAAAUAGAGAGUUAGAUGAGAUAAUGACGCAGCUAGCUACUCAGGAAUCAAUUGAAUCCUAUAACCGUGAUGGAACAGCAAAUUUAUUCAACCUUUCGACUGAAGACAUGGAUAACAUUCGGCGGGAUAUAGAAACAAAUGAAGAAAAAACAAAACCUAAUGAUAUUCUCCCUUUAGAAGAAGAGAAUAAGAAAUCCCAUAGUCCUGAAGUUCAGUAUUUUGAAAAUGCCAUCAACGCAAAUGUGCCCCAAAAAGAUGAACCUAAAGAUUCAAUUUUUAUGGAUGAUUUACCGACAUUUGUUAAGAAAGAAAGCGAUCCCACUCUGGAACCUUUACCCUUUAAAGAAAUGGAUUGGGGGAAAUCCCUGUUUUUUUCAGGACUUAAGGACAAAGCAACACCGCUAAAACAAGACAAUAAAGAUUCAGAAAAGAAAAAUAUGGAAAACAAACCGUUUGAGGAUGUCAAUAAUGAAACUGUACAUACCAAGGAAGAAUCACAAAAUCUUGAUUCAACGAAAUCUUCUUCGCUUGAAAAUAAUGGACUUGAUAAGUCCUCUCCUUUGCUAAUUAAGGUGGAUGAAGAAGACCAUCCUUUUGAAUAUGUGAGGAACAAGGCUUCCCGUGGAGAUAUCGAACAACAAACAAUGGUCAAUAUGGCUCAGAAAAAUAAUAAUAAAGUUGAGGAGAAGGAAGAUGCCACUGAAAUAGGUAAGGAAGAUUAUUUCAGCGUGCAUACUGAUAGUUCCCAAAGAGUGUCAGACAUUCAUUCUGAAAAGAAAGGUACACCCGAACGUUUAAUGGAAGAAAAAGCUACUUCAGAAGAAGAUGAUAACUUAGAAGUUGCCCAAAAUUUAAUGGACGAAGAAGAAGAUGAUAUGAUGAUUCGCAUGGCAGAAGAAGAAAAGGAAUACGACAGAUUUGUUUCUGAAUUGAAUAAGAAAGAUACUGAUUCUAACUGGGAUCAAGAAGCUUUUGAAAAAAGGAUCCAUGAACUCAGAGUCCAAAAACGGACAGAAAAGCGUGAUGCAGAUGAAGUGACUCAAAUGAUGAUUCGAGAGUGCCAAGAGCUACUUAGGCUUUUUGGUUUACCUUACAUUGUUGCGCCACAAGAAGCUGAAGCGCAGUGUGCUAAAUUACUUGAAUUGAAAUUGGUUGACGGUAUAGUAACGGACGAUUCAGAUGUUUUCCUCUUUGGAGGUACCAGGAUCUACCGUAAUAUGUUUAAUCAGAACAAGUUCGUGGAAUUAUAUUUAAUGGACGAUAUGAAGCGGGAGUUUAAUGUAGAUCAAACUAAACUUAUACGACUUGCUCAUUUACUUGGAAGCGACUACACAUUGGGAUUAGCAAAGGUCGGCCCCGUCUUGGCUUUGGAAAUUUUGCGUGAGUUUCCAGGUGAAACUGGCUUAUUUGAAUUUAAGCAGUGGUUCCAACGACUGUCAAUCGGACAAGCAACCAAUGAAGAUCUGGGUACGCCUGUCAAAAGACGUGUUAGCAAAUUACUAGGGAAAGUAGUUAUUCCCUCGGAUUUUCCAAAUCCAAUGGUCGAUGAAGCGUAUUUGAAUCCCACUGUUGAUGAUAGUAAACAAAAAUUUCAAUGGGGAAUCCCAGACUUAGAUGAGUUAAGAAAAUUUUUGAUGGCAACAGUGGGCUGGUCCAAACAAAGGGCAAAUGAAGUGCUUCUACCAAUUAUUCAAGACAUCAAUAGAAAGGAAUUUGAGGGAACGCAAUCCAACUUGACCCAAUUUUUCUCAGGCGGGAACGUUUUUGCACCAAGAGUUGCUUAUCAAUUUAAAAGUAAACGAAUGGAGAAUGCUCUUUCGGCUUUUCGAUCAGGUCAAAAUAAGCAAGAUCCAUCAGUUUCCUUUGGCACUACAGGUGUUGUUGCAAAUGAGGAAAACGAAACAAAGCAAGCUUCGAACAGUUUAAAGGAACGGAUUGCUAAGAGGAAAAGGAUGAUGCAAAGCCGAACGAAUUCUGAUUCCGAUUCAAGUUCUGAAGAUGAAGUAUCAUCCACUUCACUUAGCGCGCUUUCUGAGCAAAAGAAGGCUUCUGCCCCAUUGAAAACGGAACUUAUAACUAAAAAACCUGUUAGAGCGCGUAAGCGUUAA